ACGGAUACCGGAAGUGAACCCGUGCUACAGGAAACGGUCGCGACAGAUCGGCAGCGACUCUCAGUUUGGAUCCGCCUGGCGCACUUGGCCAAGAGCAGCAUGUCCCGUGUCCGUCCGCCCCCGCUCGUCACGGGCAUCUCGCCCAAGGAGGGUCCGGCCUGGACCAAAGUUACCAUCCGUGGAGAAAACCUGGGCACGGGCUCAGCUGAUCUCAUCGGUCUGUCCAUAUGUGGACAUAACUGCCUGCUGACGGCGGAGUGGAUGUCAGCCAGCAAGAUAGUGUGCCGCGUGGGCCCGGCAAAAGAUGACAAGGGCGAAAUCAUCGUCACCACCAAGUCUGGAGGCCUCGGGACGUCCACCGUGUCGUUCAAACUGCUCAAACCGGAGAGGAUCGGUAUUCUGGAUCAGUCGGCCGUGUGGGUGGAUGAACUCAACUACUACGACAUGAGGACGGACCGCAACAAAGGCAUCUCCCCUCUAUCCCUCCGACCCAACAAUCCACUGGGCAUCGACAUCGACAAAGGAAAGUUCCCCCUGAAAGACCUUGAGAUGACAUUUCCUGGGAUGAGUGGUGACUUCACCAGUGAGAACUUCUCUGCGACCUGGUAUCUUAUCGAAAACCACGCAGGCUCGAGUUUUGAACAUUUGAAGAUGGCUGCCAGCAAUCUGAAGAAGCAAGCCAACAAGAAGAACGAGGGGAGUCUGGCCUACGUUAAAGGAGGACUCAGUACCUUCUUUGAGGCUCAGGACGCACUGGCAGCUAUCCACCAGAGGCAGGAUUCUGAUGGUACUGAACGAGUGGAGGGAUCAAUGACCCACCGGCUGGAAGUCAUCCUCAACAGUGCAAGUGAAACGGCGGACACGCUUUUCCAGGAGGUUUUGGGGCGGAAAGACAAAGCGGACUCCACGCGCAAUGCACUCAACGUCCUGCAGCGUUUCAAGUUUCUUUUUAACCUGCCGCUUAAUAUCGAGCGCAACAUCCAAAAGGGAGACUACGACGUGGUAAUAAAUGACUACGAGAAAGCCAAAUCUCUCUUUGGCAAUACAGAAGUCGCGGUUUUUAAAAAGGUGUAUGCGGAGGUCGAGAUGAGGAUCAGGGCACUCAGGAGCCUGCUUCUGGAAAAACUGCUUCAGACUCCCUCAACGCUACAUGAUCAGAAGAGAUACAUCAGGUACCUAUCUGACCUGCACGCUCCAGGUGACCCAGCGUGGCAGUGCAUCUACGCUCAGCACAAAUGGAUCCUGCAGCUCAUGCAAGACUGCAGGGACGAGUUUAUCGGAGGUCAGCGAGUCUGUGCCGGAGUUCUGGAUCUGAAUGGGGAUAGUCGUCCGUCUGCUCUCGGCAGGCUGGGCCACGCAUCGUCAUUGAAGAGAGGCGCUAGCCUGCAGAUGACACGACCGAGCAAUUGGCGCUUUGAAAGCCCUCAGCAGGUGCAGUUUGUGGAAAAGCUUUCGGAUGCGAUGAUCGGCCAGCUGCCCAACUUCUGGAAGCUUUGGAUCUCUUACGUCAAUGGCAGUCUUUUUAGUGAGACUGGAGAGAAAUCCGGACAAGUGGAAAAAUCCAAGAAGAAUGCGCGACAGAGGCAAAAUGACUUUAAAAAAAUGAUUGAGGAGGUGACCAAUCGCUUGGUGAAGCUCGUCCGCGGGGCCCUCCUUCCCACGACGCUGCCGCCAGCGGAGCAGAGUCUUUAUGGAGGUUGGGAGAACAAGACAGAACUUCCUGGGAUCUGGCUCACGCAAAUCAUUCACACUGUCAGGGGUUGUUACGAAGCUUUGUCCGCUCUGGAGAUCCCAAAUGACCUGCUCCAGGUGAUCCAGGAUCUGCUGCUGGACUUGCGCGUUCACUGCCUCAUGGUGACACUGCUGCACACCGCAGAUGAUGUCAGGAACCUCGCCGAGAAGGAAGACUGGCUGGUAGAUAACGAAGGCCUGACUAAGCUGCCUUCUCAGUUUGAGCAGUGUGUGGUCCACAUGCUGCAGUCACUCAAAGAGCCUCUGGAGAUCAAGCCAGGAGAGAUCAACAUACUCCAGCUGGACCAAGUUCAAGACCAAGCCACAGACCUCUGUGUGAGCAUCAUGAAGGUUUUCAUCAGCUGCCUGGAACAGCUCAGCAAAAACACAGAUGGAGAAGUGCCAACAUCUCACGUUGCCAUGGAUCUGUCCUCUCCAGAUCGCUUUCACAACACGCAGGAGUGCCCCAGUCCAACAUCUGAACAACGCUUGCUGAUCAUCCUCAGUAACUGCCACUACCUGGAGAGACACACCUUCCUCAACCUGGCCGAUCACUUUGACAAGCACUGCUUGACGGGCUCGGACAAGAUCACACGGGUGAGCGUGGCAGCUGUUCGGGAACUGGACGAAAAACUCUUUGAGGCUUACGUGGAGAGGAGAGCCGACCCCAUUGCAGGCUCCCUGGAGCCGGGUAUCUACGCCGGCUACUUUGACUGGAGAGACUGCCCCACUCCCACAGUGUGUCCUUCUUCUUCAGGAGUGAGAAGCUACUUAAAAGAAGCGCUGGUCAACAUCAUCGCCGUUCAUGCUGAGGUCUUUACCAUCUCCAAGGACUUGGUCGCUUGUGUCUUGUCCAAAAUCCUUGCAACGGUUGCGGACGAGAUGUGUCGCCUUAUGCAGUGCGUGUCAAACUUCAGCAAAAACGGCGCCCUGCAGGCUCGACUUGAACUUUGCGCCCUGAGAGAGGCCGUCGCCACGUACCUGAAUGCCGAGAGCAAUGGCAGCUUCCACAUGGCUUUGGAGGCCCUUCCUCCGUUAUAUAGCGCAUCAGAUAAAAAGUUGCUGGAAGAACUCUUGAAUAUGUUUAAGAGCAGCAUGCGCCUGCAGCUCACCUGCUUUCAGCCCGCCUACGUCCAGCCUGUCAAGAGAUAAACUCCAGCCGUUCUUGUGCACGACCGCAACUUGUGUGUCACUUUCAUUUUCCACAUCAAAAACAAACUGGAGCCCAAAUGUUCAAAUAAAGUUUUGCUCCAAAAGCCAAAAA